GCACGGCGCCUCGCUGCUGGUUUCUGCCCUUUCUGGGUCACUGCUGGGGAGAUGAGGAGCGCGAGCGGCGCGAUAAAACCGCGCUCCUGCCGGAGAGCCUCGGGCGAGCGUGCCGGGAGCGCCCACCCACCGGCUGCUCCCACCCUGCCCGCCUGCGUCGCUGGGUGAAAUCACCGCCUCGCCUGCGCGGAGCCGCGGACGGGCACGUGUCGGCGGGCGGGCAGGGGCCGGGAGCCGCAGCCCGGAGCCGCCGACGGGAGCGGAGCGGGAGGAACUUUACCCGAACUCGGGCUCGCAGGGCCGCGGCGGCGGCGCCCCGGGGGCGGCCAACCCGCUCGGCGGAGCGCGGCCCGGCGCUGUCCGCGGUGCCGGCGCCGCCCGGGCUCCCGGCGCCGUCUCCGGUCCCGGUUCCUUUAGGAUGAUGCAAUCGGCGUCGCCCUCUGCGCUCCCGUCCCCGCGCCGCUGAGCGGAGCGGAUCCGAGCGGAGCGGCGGGGCGGAGCGCGGCGGGCGGACGUGGGAGAGCCGCGUUCCGCGCUGCCCGGGCGGCCGCGGGAAUCGCCGGAGCGUCUCAGCCCUCAGCGCGGGCUGCGGGGUUUCUGCAAGUCAUCUGAGGCAGCGUCCCCCGCAGCUCGUUCCCCGCUCUCCCUUGGCCCCGCUCUCAAGGAACCCGAUCGGAUUUAUUUGGGAUUUUUGUGCUUUUUUUCCCCCCUCUCCCCCUUCGUGCUGUGUGUGUUGUUUUCUCAUCACCUGCCACGGUUAACUUUUUUCGUGACUCGGUUUAACUCUCGAGAUCUACGUGAAUGUUGUUAAGAGCACUUUUCUUGCCUUUGCUGUCCCUUGCUGGGAUCGGAUCCGAUACUAUCUGGACUCUAUGUGCCUGUAUGUGUGUUCUGAGUGUCUUGAAAUCUUGCUUUCCUUUACAAGAGCUAUGCAUUUGUAACCAAGAAGACCAGUGAAUUACCAUAGGCUGGGCUUGACCUUGAUUUUGAUGGCUUUGCUGGAAGAUCUGAUGAUGUGAUUGUGUUUCAUGAAGGGAUUUCUCUCCAGCCCCAAUGGCUUAGGAUAUAAGACACUUCUACCACACCAUUACUCAUGGACAAUUCAAAUAUUUUUUUGGGCAUACCUUUUGGGUUUUUUUUCUCUUUCCUCACUUCCCCUUCCCCCUCAUUUCUCCUUAAUACUGGGAGCCUUAUUCUAGACUUUGAUGUGACUGACCAUCCUCCUGCUCCGUGCUGCUGUUUUCUUUUUUGAAGUACAAUGGCACUAAGUGGCAACUGCAGGACUUACCUCCCUGCCCGGGAGCAGGGCUCUGGGCUGCAAUCCUUCCCAGAGGUUGUGGAGCUAAAUGUGGGUGGCCAGGUUUACUUCACUCGCCACUCCACCUUGGUUGGCACCCCUCACUCCUUGCUGUGGAAAAUGUUCACCCCAAAAAGAGACACAGCCAACGAUCUGGCCAAGGACUCCAAGGGAAGAUUCUUCAUCGACAGAGAUGGUUUCCUUUUUCGCUAUAUUCUGGACUAUCUCAGGGACAAGCAAGUGGUUCUGCCUGACCACUUCCCUGAAAAGGGAAGGCUCAAGAGGGAGGCCGAGUACUUCCAGCUCCCAGACUUGGUCAAACUCCUGACUCCUGAUGACAGCAAGCAAAGCCCCGAUGACUAUUGCCACAGCGACUACGAAGAGGUCUCCCAAGGCAGUGACACGAGAAUAUGCCCCCCUCCAUCUCUCUUACCAUCAGAUCGGAAGUGGGGAUUCAUUACCAUUGGGUACCGCGGGUCAUGCACUAUUGGCAGGGAGAGCCAAGCAGAUGCCAAAUUCAGGAGGGUCCCAAGGAUUUUGGUUUGUGGAAGGAUCGCUUUGGUCAAAGAGGUCUUUGGAGAAAGUUUGAAUGAAAGCAGAGAUCCAGACAGAGCUCCAGAAAGGUACACCUCCAGGUUUUAUCUCAAGUUCAAGCAUCUGGAGAGGGCUUUUGACAUGUUAUCUGAGUGUGGAUUCCACAUGGUGGCCUGCAACUCCUCAGUGACGGCGUCCUUUGUCAAUCAGUACACUGAUGACAAGGUCUGGUCCAGCUACACUGAAUAUGUCUUCUACCGUGAGCCGUCCCGCUGGGCCUCGUCUCACUGCGACUGCUGCUGCAAGAACGGCAAAGGCGAGAAGGAGGGUGAGAGCGGCACGUCCUGCAACGAGCUGUCGACGUCCAGCUGUGACAGCCAGUCGGAGGGCAGCUCCCCGCAGGAAACAGUCAUCUGCGGCCCCGUCACGCGACAGCCCAACAUCCAGACACUGGACCGCCCUGCCAAGAAGGGCCCCGUGCUGCUGCUGCAGCACUCCGAGAGCCGGCGCAAGAGCGACCUGCUGCGGACGCUCACCUCGGGCUCCCGCGAGUCCACCGCCGGCAAGAAGAAGGCAGUGAAGGAGAAGCUCUCCAUCGAGGAGGAGCUGGAGAAGUGCAUCCAGGAUUUCCUCAAGAUCAAAAUCCCAGACAGGUUUCCAGAAAGAAAGCAUCCCUGGCAGUCGGAACUGCUGCGGAAGUACCACCUAUAGGUGGGACGAUUCCCAUUGCCGUUACAGUGGGAUCCGCAGUGAUAUGGAAAUAAUUCCCGAUAGUAAUUACGUGUUAGGUCACAAAAAAACCAAUCCAUCUCUAUAGAACUGCCUAAUUUGCCUAUCUCACCUUAAUCAUUUAUAGUCGUAGGGUAAUGAUAUUUUUCCAGUUGUGGAAGCACAAUGACAAAUGUUUUUCUUUGUCAACUCUGAGUCUUACACAAGCAGAGUACCUUAAGGGCACGCAGGGACGGCAGUGCACGCUGCUUUGCUCUCUGGGGGUGUGCAGCUCCGUGCCUGGGGGCAGCAGGGCUUUUGGGAGCACUGUGCCAGGACAGCAUUGCCUUCAGCGCCUGGGUGUGGGUGUGCAUAUAUAUAUAUAUGUGUGUAUAUACAUCUCCGUGUAUAUAUAUGUGUAUAUAUAUCAGAAUACAUUGCUGGCAGAUUGGCUCCCUCCUGAUCACUGCAGUUUCUCAGGAAAGAGCACUGUCAGCUGCAGUGGAUGGUCGGCUCUUUGCAGUCUCUGAGGGCUGCAGCAGAACCCCCUGGCUCUGUCUCUUUCUACCUUCCCCUUUCUGAGGCUCCAUGAAUGCAUUUCCCAGCAGACAGGGACAGGGCUCUCUGUUGCUGUGUUCCAUGUGGUUCUGGUGCUGCCACUCCAUUGUCCCUCACCCCUGCUGUGCCCCCAGGCUGUGUGGGGGCCAUGGGCUCAGCCCAUGCUGGUGGCGGGGCAGGCACAGCAGGCUCCCAUCUGGUAUGGAAGCAAAUGCUGGAGAUGACCGGCCUGAUGAGACGUGCUUAAUGCUCUGACUGGAAGGGAAUGGGUCUCUGGGUCAGCAGCUGUGUGCAUUCCAGAGAACUGGAAAUGAACUGCAUGGAGUGUCCUAGGGGCUGUUGUGGGUGCGGAGUGGCACCGCUGCAGGGGGAGGAACGAGCACUGAGGUGCUCAGAGAAAUUAUUCACUGUCAGACAGCACAGAAAGAGUGAAACAUACAGAUAUGGGGCUGGCUGGAAUGGGCAGCUUGUCUCAGACCUGUGUAGCAUCAUCCAGGCUCCAGAGCUCCUGAGUUUGAGUCCGCUGUGGGAAAUGAUGUCAGUGUGCACAGAUUAUCUCUGCUGAUCCUAAGGCGGUUUCAGUGAGGGGCUCCCCUGUGCUUGCAGGGCUCUGUUGUUCCCAAAUUGGGGAGCUUUUGUUUUGCCAGGCGGAUCAUAAGGGCUGUGUGAACAGAGCAUCAUACCCAUGGUGCAGCUGCAGGAGGCUGUUGGUGAGGGUGAGCACGGACCUAUGUGGACCAAAUAAUUUUUUCCCCCCUAUUCUUUUCCCCUCUAUUUUUCUCCCAUAUGCACCACAAAGAUGCUUUACCGCGCUCCGGUGGACAGUCUGUGGGGUUUUAGUUCCAGCCUGGGAGUCGGUUUGUUCCUUUCUUCUCAAAGCUGUGUGCAGAGGGCAGUGCUGGGCUGCCCGGUGUCAGCAGACACUGUGGUAGCUGGGACCCCCCCCGCACCCCCCAAGUGACCCCAGGCCCAGGAGGGAGCCCCUCCCCCCCCCUGCCCCACAGCACUGCUGCAUGCGGUGUUCUGAGUCCCUGACGUGUCAGCCCCAUGUGUACCAUGGUACGAACUACUUGUCCAGUCCUAUGGAUAGAUUAUGCCCCUGAGGGGUUUUGUAGAUUAAUAGUAAAAGAACAACGAUGACAACAACAACAACAACAACAACAACAAAAAAAGCACUUUUAAAUUAUUUAUAUUACGAAAAGACAUUCUUUAUUUUUCUUGGCAUCGAUAUCACUUAGCUACAAAUCAGUUUGUAAGGACGCUAUUGCAGAUUUCAAUCUAUAGCAAUGACCAAGCGCGGGAUGCGGCUCUGGGGGCCGUGGUGGGGCGGUGGGGCUGCAGGCUGUGCCUCCCGGCCCCGCUCCCCUCCCAGCCCAGGCCUCCCAGGGCGCGCAGUGACUCCGCUGCGGCGGGGUCCAUCUAUUGCACAUCGACGUAGGUUAAGCGGCACCCACCGAAUUACCUCUUCUACUCUCCGACGUGGUUCACUUGUAUAUAAGUGUAAUGUCAACUUGUUUACAGGUUACUUUGUGCUUAAUCGUGGAAGAAAAAAAACUAAAGUUUUAACGACAAAUGUAAAGGAACCGAUGUGACUGGAAGGUGUUUAACAGUGAAUGUGCUUAAUGCAGUAUAGACGUCAUCGGUUGUGGUCUCACACGAAUGCAUGUAUCUCCGUGUUGUCAGUCCCACCAGUGAGGUUAUUGGCAAUAUUCUGCGGUCUGUGAAUAGCAAAUACGCAUACACUGCUGUGACUCUGACAAAUAUAACUCAGUUACUGUUUCUACUGUGGUAUGUUAAAAAAAAAAACAACAGCAACAACAAAGUAGCUUUUAGCCUGCUGUAUUUCCCUGGGACAGAUAAGGAGAGAGCAUGGAAUUGGGGGGCAAUAGC